UUUAUAAAAAUAUCUUCCUCAUCUAAUACCAACUCCCUCCUCCAUUAGAGGACCCAACCAUCCUUCUCAAAAUUGCAGAAUUUCAAUUUUAGAAAGGAACUAAAUGGAUAGAAUUAGAAACGGUGAAACGGCGAUAACCCAGAUGAGAAAAUCAGUUCAAAAUCUUGGAUCAUCAACAGAGAAAUAUGAAGAAGCAACACUGAUGAGAUUCUUGAUUGCUAGAUCGAUGGAUCCAAAUAAAGCAGCUAAGAUGUUUGUUGAAUGGAGGAAAUGGAGAACUGCAAUUGUUCCUGGUGGAUUUGUUAAUGAAUCUGAAGUUAGUGAUGAAUUGGGAGCUAGGAAAAUCUAUUUGCAAAGCCAGAUGUCGAAAGAUGGAUAUCCUGUUUUGAUUAUUAAGGUUAACAAACAUUUUAUUUCUAAGGAUCAACCUCAGUUAAAGAAGUUUAUGAUUCAUGUUCUAGAUAAGACAAUUGCCAGUUCUUUUAAGGAAAGGGAAAUUGGAAAUGAGAAGUUGAUUGUGAUAGUUGACUUACAACAUAUCACAUAUAAAAAUGUUGAUGCCCGUGCACUCAUUACAGGUUUUCAGUUUCUUCAGGCCUACUAUCCUGAGAGGUUAGCGAAAUGUUAUUUCCUACACAUGCCUGGUUUCUUUGUGAGGGUUUGGAAAAUGGUUUCUUACUUCGUAGAGAAAACAACUUUAGAUAAGGUUGUAAUCAUAUCUAACGAGGAUGCUACGAAGGAAUUUGUAAAAGAAGUUGGUGAGGGCGCAUUACCAAAGGAAUAUGGUGGUCAAGCCGAGCUAAUAGCUAUACAAGACCUAGUCGUCGUGACUCAUUUGCAUAACUAAUAUGCAAACUAUGCCUAAUGAAUAACCCAACCAUAAUUGAUGAAAUGCUAAUUCAAAAUUGAAUAACAAUGGUUGUAUUUAGACUUGAAAUACAUUAUUAUGGUGAAUAACAAAAUUGCUAAAAACUUGUUAUUAAUAAAUGUCUUUAAAUUUAGUA